GGUAUACGCACGCUCCCUCGACAGUAAAUUAAAAAAAAAACGACAAUAAUUUUGAAAUUCGAACGCGCUAUAAAAAUCGAUGUCUGAGCCGGCGAUGAUCGCUUGACGGUUGUUUUUUUCGAGGAUUUUAUUGGACAGUUGACAAUAAUAAUUGACUGAUUGAUUGUUUUUUGAUUUAAUUGUAUUGUAUAUAUUGUAAGCCACAGUGCGAGUGAGUGAGGUUAUCGUCGGGUACAACAGGAUGCCGUGGUACUGGCGCUUGUGGGGCGCUCUGUUGUGCGCGUACGCCGUGCUCGCGCAGCGCGACAACGAGGGGCUGCUCCCGCGCGGCUCGCGCGUGCGCGUCAGCGAACCGCCCAAGAGCGACGAGCCCAGCUGCGACCAGCUCAAGGCCAUGUGGAGAUUUUCGAAGCGGCAAGCGCGGGCGCCGGAAAUCAUGAACGAAGUGAAUUCGUACCGUGAUCCGCUAAUGUACAACGAGUGGCCCGCGUACACCGCCCUCCCGAGGGCAGCGCCGAGGUUCAGAUACCAGUACCCGUCAGUGCCGCGCGAGGCGUUCGGGCGAGUGGUCACCAAAGCGCCGCCGAACGUCGUCCGCACGCCCGACUACGAUGAGAUGUUCGGGAUGCUCAACGUGCCACACACCUCGGGGAAGAUUCUGCGGUACCCCGGCCCGUCGCGGCCACGAGGGCCUACUUUCAUGGUACCACCGCAGAGAGAUAGGUUCGAGGCCCUGAAGAAGCUGAUCAGACAAGAGCACGUUCGUGAGCUGCAGAGGAAAUACGAGACGGAACAAAAACAGAAGGAGCUGGCUACGGGGCGCAGCAGCAAUGACGAGUACCCGUACUAUUACGGCGAGCAGGAGCAACGUGGCCUACAGAACCUACAGGCGGAGUACGGAGACGAUCCCAGCACCAGGCACAACAAGAAACCGCAAAGCGGCAGCCGCCAGGUGUCGCAGUUCUCACGCUACUCCGACGUGAUGCUGCCCCCCUCGCGCCGCGCCUACCCCUACCUGGACUACGUGCCCCUGCCCUACGCGUACUGAACUUCUAGAUCCUUCUAGAACUCCACAUUCCACGGGGCCUCCCCGCAACGUACAACACUCGGGCUUUAACUCUUCCCCAUAUCAGGAGCAUAUCUACGCCGCUUCGCGAGCUUGUCUAGCUAACCCGCAAUAUUUUUAUAUUUAUAAAUUCCUAUUGCGAUGUAGAUACGCAAUCUUUCCAUUUUAAUAUACCCUUUUUGAAUAAUCAAGUAUUUUUCGAUAGGUUUAAGGUCUUGGAAUUUACUCGGCCGCGGUAGGCGGCCUUUAAUCUUAUAUUACAGGACUUCCAAACGACAAUAACGGCACGUUAUAUACAGGUGCAAUUAACGUUUUAUCCGUCAAUUCCCUAUUGUAACGAAUUUGACAAUAAAAAACAUAGUAUGGAAUAUUCUGACAAUAAAUCUGUAUGUUUUACAAUCGGUGUUUAGAGUUUAAGUAUUAGAAGAUUUAACCUUAUUAUAUUAAGGUAUGAUAAUGGAAUCGGCAACAGCCGUUGCUCGUCAGCAUUGUAAUCUAUGUUUUCUACAGUCGCGAAUUUCGCGCAAUGCUUUUAUUAGGAGCAGGCGUGGCUCACUCCGCGAUUUCGUCGCUUUGCGACAGAUUGCUAAAAGUACAUCGGUUCCACACCAAUUUUGGUGGCUAGCCAUAAGCCGCGCGUGGCGCUGUCGCCGCCUAGCGUAUCUGUCCUGAUCGUAGACGCGUUUUGUUAAAGAGUGAGUCUUGUGGACCUAGUACUAUUAUUUCUGUGUUAGGAGGUACAGUCAGAGCCCGACGGCCUCAUACCUUGAUCUCUGUUCGAGCCACACGCUCAUCUGUAUCUUAUAAGUUAAGAGAUACUAUUUUACUUGUAAUUUAUCGCUGUAGUACCUUAGUAGCUUGUUAAUUAUACGUAUAUUUUACAAUUUAUGUACAUAUAUCUUUUGUAAUAUUAAUUCGUAAUACGUACAUGUUUGUUGCCUACCAAAUUGUCUCAGAUAUUACAAAAUGACAACACAACGUACGAGUAUACAAGUAAUUCCUUGAAGUAUUAAAAUAAAUGACUAAUCCCGUUAAUUCCCAUAGAUUCUUCAAAUAGAAUUCCAUAAUAAAUAUCUGUGAAGCAUAAUUAAAUUAAUUCUUUAAAGUACUGUAGUCCUAUAACGUUUUACCCGUAUAAUUUAUCGUUGUGAUUAGAGCUAAGUAUAUCGUUACCUUGUAUAAUAUCCCAAAAGCCUUCAAGACGGCUAGUCGGUCCCAGUGAGUUGAAUGCAGUAACAUCCUCUUCUCGAGCAUAACUUUAUGAUCACAAUUUGCCAUUUAAAAAUUGUUUGUAAAUUUUGACAAAUCAGAUGUCGAUGUAAUGUUCGAGUAACAGGUUCGAGGAAUUUAAUCUCAAUUCCAUAUUGUACCUUGUCACAGUGACAAUAGAAUGGUCCCAAGGGACUCUCGUAUUGAUUGUCAAUUUGUCACUGUGACAAGGAACAGAAUGGUACGGAGAUUAAAUUCUUUGAGUGCACUUACGUUUAGCUCCGAGGUCCGACACAUAAAUGCUUUAACUACAAUUAAAUGUUUCAUGUUUAUUGUAAUAGUAAAUAUUGUAAAUUAGCAAUCGGCGCUUCGUGCGAGCGCGGCUUUUUUAGUAUCUGUGUAUCCUAGGUGUAGGUGUACGCAGCCUAAGGUGACGUGAAAAAAAAUCUAAUCUGUGGAAUGUACUGUAAUGUGGUCACGAUGGCUGCCCUGAUCGGACCUACAUUUCAAAUUGUAAAAGUCCUGACAAUAAAUGCAUGUAUUAUUAAAACGCUCAAGUUUAGUUGACAUGAUUCCUAUACCGUUUUUCGCACUGAAAGACAAGGCUGUAAUCUAAGGAAGUUGUUACCUAUUUGUGUACUAUAUUUAUUAUAUCUAUCGACUUGAUAAGUAUCGACGCGAUACGUCGAUUAACCUCACAGACUAUAAAAUUUGGCUUUAAAAUAUAUUACACAUGUAUUAUGGAUUUAAGCGAGUCAAUGAAUUCAUUAACUUCUAUUUAUUGUGGCGAGUUAAGGCUUGGCCUCGCUCGGCUCGACCUUAAGGCUCGGCUCAAGGCUCAACCUUUUUGAAGGCUUAGCCAAAGGCUCAAAGGCUUGACCAGGUUCGGCCGAAUACAGCUCGGCCCGGCUCCGCUCGACUAUCCUAUAUGUUACAACUAGCGAAACAUUACUAUAUAAUUUUCUAACAAUAUUCUGUAGAGUUUUACAAAUUAUUUUAUUGUCUUUUAAAACUCAUAUUAAGUAGUUAGCGUAUAAUACAAAUGAGUAGUGUUUACUGAAUGCGUAUUGCAAUUUGAAUAGGUGUUUAAUUAUGUAAUCUUGAACAUUUCGGUAAGAGUAGAGGUUUCGCAGUUUGCAAUGGCUGCGUUGUUCUGACGUCACUACAAAUAGAAAACUACACAUUUCGUCUAUACCGAGUACCCCUUAUAAUCAUGGGAACUUAAAAUAUCGUAUAAAGAUUUUUCACUUUGGGUGAAUGCCGGCUUAUAUCAUAAAACCGCAUUCGCACAAAAAUUAACUGUAAUUACGUUAAAAAAAAACACAGUGACGUCAUUAAUUUGACUAUUGCGAAAUAUCAUGAAGUAGCAUAUGAAAUUUAAUAAUCAUAUCAUAUGACGUAUAUCAAUAUACAAAUAAGUAUAUCAAGGACGCGUGUGUUGGUAAAAUAUGACAAUAAAAAUAUCUAAAAGGGAAAUUGAAAAAGGUCAUUCCUGUCUUGGAUGUAAACCCUUGAUCUAGUAAAGAUGAUAAAAUUAAUAAAGCAGUAUUUCUCUGUAUAACUGGACAAAAGAUAAAUUAGCUAUUUAAACAUAAAUAGAUGUUACUCUAAAUAUCCAGUGCGGUCUCGACAAGGGACAAUAAUUUAAAAGGACAAUAAUCGACAAUAACUCAAAGGGGAACCUUUGUUAGUGUAAGAUCUUGCGCCAGACCGCCACUGUCGAAUAGAUGUACACGUAACCUAUCCAUAAUACUUAAUGUUUUGAAAUGUAACUAUAUUAAUUGGUGGUUUUUUUGAAAAUAAAGAUAGUUACUCCAGA